AUGGUUGCGGGUGUAGGACACAAUGAUCAGAAAGUUCUUAUUCUAGCAGCUACAAAUACACCUUAUGCUCUAGACCAGGCAAUAAGGGGGCAUUUCGAUAAGCAUAUAUACAUACCCCUACCUGAUUUAAAGGCUCGCCAACACAUGUUCAAGGCAUGGGUGCACCUAGGAGAUACUCCCCAUAACUUGGCUGAAAGUGAUUUUGAACAUUUGGCUCACAAGACAAAGGGGUUUUCAGGUUCAGAUAUAUCUGUCUGUGUGAAGGAUGUUUUAUUUGAAUCUGUUCACAAAACCCAAGAUGCCAUGUUUUUCUUUAAGAAUCCUGAGGAUAUGUGGAUCCCAUGUGGACCAAAGCAAUAG